AUGGCAAACCCGCUAACUGGAAAGAUACCGAAAAUCGAUACUUUGAACGACCUGAUACAAGCUCUUCGGAUCGUCUUCGAAGAUGACAACGUGAACAUCGAGCUUGUAAAUGGACUUAUGAAGGCUUAUGAGAGUAACCCUUUGGACUGGAAGAAAUUCGCCAAGUUCGACAAAUUCAGGCCUCCUCCAUUCCUUCUUCCCAGAACUUCUCCUCGGUCCCUUCUGCCGGUUCCUAUCUCUUAUGAGGCCGCCCCUACAAUGCGUUCCCCUGACAUGCCAAACUCCUUCGUCUACAGUUCUUCAAUAAACUUCCAAGUAGAUGUUACAUUCAUGAAGGUUACUUUUGUCAUGGAGGAGCCUUCGAUUUUCCAUAGCAAUCCUCUUCUGGGAGAGUCGAGGUACUUUCCUGCUGACUUCAUUCUCUCUUUGAUCCACAUCCUACCAUCCACACCGAAAGUGUACACAAGGAACCUGGUGGACGAAGGUAACGGCAAGUACAACCUGAUGCUGCUGUGCUGGGACGUGGCGCAGGGCUCGGCCAUCCACGACCACAGCAGCGCGCACUGCUUCAUGAAGGUCAUCUACGGCCAGCUCGACGAGGUGCGGUUCGCCUGGCCAGAGGGCGACCAUCCGUUAGCCGAGAUCUCCAGGAACCACCUCCCCAACAACUCCGUCUGCUACAUUAAUGAUAGCCUCGGCUUGCAUCGAGUAGAAAAUCCGAGCUCAAGUGAUGUAGCUGUCAGUUUGCACCUGUAUUGUCCGCCAUUUGGUGAAUGCUCUGUUUUCAACCAGCAAACUGGAAAGAGAACAGUGUGCAAAGUAACUUUCUGGUCCAAGUAUGGGAAAAGACCAGACAGGAAACAUCAAGAAGAAAGACCUCCAGAAGACAAUUAAAUUAAAUUUAUAUAUAUAUAUAUAUAUAUAUUUACAAUAUUUCCUAUAUAUCAUUUUAAUAAGACGAAUAUAAUGUUAGACAAAUAUUUUAUUAUAAUAUAUUAUGUAUAUAAAAUUUGAGAUCUGUGAUUUUAAAUAUUUUUAAAUUCUUAGUUGAAUGAUUAAGAAUAAUUGUUAUGAUUGUUUUGUUUUUCAUUUUAAUACUUUAAGCAAUGUAAUUAUAUCCUUGGUAUCAAUUAACCUUGGUUGUAAUAAAUAAGUGAAUUGACAAUUAAAAGAUUUUUAUUAGCUUUUAGACAUUUAUGGCUGAUUUAAUGACAUUCCUACAAUAAAUAUUUCUAACAUAGCAUUUUAU